AUGUCUCUUUCCGUUUCAGAGCUGGACAACACUGUCCGAGCCUUCUUUGAAGGCAAAGGUGACGUGCAAAAACAAGCCCAACAAUCUUUGACCGAAUUUAAACAAAAUCCCGAUGCCUGGGUCACCGUGGGUAACAUCCUUCAAGAGGCGACCUACCCUCAAACGAAGUAUAUCGCCCUACAAGUUCUUGACGAUGUGAUCAUGACCCGUUGGAAGGUCCUGCCCAGGGAACAGUGCCAAGGAAUUCGCAAUUUCAUCGUGAACUUUAUCAUCGAAAACUCCGGCUCCGAGGAGAAGCUCCGCAGCGAACGCGCCUUCUUGAACAAACUGAACCUGGUCCUGGUUUCAAUCUUGAAGCAGGAAUGGCCACACAACUGGCCAACCUUCAUCAACGAGAUCAUUUCAUCAUGCCAUGCCAGCCUAUCCAUCUGCGAAAACAACAUGGCCAUCCUCCGUCUCUUGUCAGAGGAAGUCUUCGAUUUCUCCCAAGACCAGAUGACCUCGGCCAAGGCUCGAAACCUGAAGACUUCCAUGACUCAAGAGUUUGCCUCCAUUUUCCAGCUCUGCUCCGAAGUCCUCAACACCGCCAACCAGACCACCCUCGUCAAGGCAACUCUCGAGACCUUGCUCCGUUUCCUGAAUUGGAUCCCGCUGGGCUACAUCUUCGAAACCCCCAUCAUCAAUACCCUCCUCACUCGGUUCCUCGACGUUCCCGAGUUCCGAAAUGUCACUCUCAAGUGUUUGACCGAGAUCGGCGGCCUGCAGAUUGGCGCUCCCUACAACUACGAUGAGAAGCUGGUGUUCAUGUUCACCGAGACCCUGACCAAGGUCUCCAACGUCAUUCCCCUGACUAUGGAUUUGAAGGAGACAUAUGCCCAGAGUAACGGCAGAGACCAAGAAUUCGUCUCGAAUCUGGCCCUCUUCCUCUCGAGUUUCUUCAGUGCUCACUUGGAUCUCGUCGAGAAGUUGCCCAACCAAGAUUACCUCACCCACGCCCACUUCUACCUGAUCCGAGUCAGCCAGAUUGACGACCGCGAAGUUUUCAAGAUCUGUCUGGAUUACUGGACCCGGCUGGUGCAGGAGCUGUACGAGGAGAUGCAGCAACUCCCAAUUACCGAUAUCAACCCUCUGGUCACAAUGGGCGUGAGUGGCCUCUCCAACGGCGGUGCCCCCCACCCAAGCACCCUGGCCAACUACCCCUUGCGCAAGCACAAGUACGAGACCGUUCUCUCCAACCUUCGCACCGUAAUGAUCGAGAAGAUGGUCCGCCCCGAGGAGGUUCUGAUCGUCGAGAAUGACGAGGGAGAGAUUGUGCGCGAAUUUGUCAAGGAAAGCGAUACCAUUCAGCUUUACAAGACCAUUCGCGAGUGUCUGGUCUACCUGACGCAUUUGGAUGUGGUGGAUACCGAAACUAUCAUGAUCGAUAAAUUGGCCAAGCAAGUUGAUGGAUCCGAGUGGUCCUGGGUCAACUGCAACACUUUGUGUUGGGCCAUCGGUUCCAUCUCCGGCGCCAUGAAUGAAGAGACCGAGAAGCGGUUCUUGGUCACUGUGAUCAAGGACCUCCUGGGCCUGACCGAGCAAAAGCGCGGAAAGGACAACAAGGCCGUCGUCGCAAGUAAUAUCAUGUAUAUUGUGGGCCAGUACCCCCGCUUCUUGAAGGCCCACUGGAAGUUCCUGAAGACUGUCGUGAACAAGCUCUUCGAGUUCAUGCACGAGACCCACGAAGGUGUCCAGGAUAUGGCUUGCGAUACAUUUAUUAAGAUUGCUAACAAAUGCCGACGCCACUUCGUGGCUCUGCAGCCGGGCGAGAACGAGCCCUUUAUCGAGGAAAUCGUUCGCAACAUGCGCAAAAUCACGAUGGACCUUUCACCGCAGCAGAUCCACACUUUCUACGAGGCUUGCGGUUAUAUGAUCUCCGCUCAGGGCCAAAAGACUCUCCAGGACCGCCUCAUCGAGAACCUGAUGGCGUUGCCCAACUCCGCUUGGGACCAGAUCAUCGGCGAGGCCAACCAGAAUGCGGCCAUUCUCCAGGAUUCCAACACCAUCAAGAUCAUCGGAAACAUCAUGAAGACCAAUGUUGCGGCUUGUUCUUCUAUCGGAACAUAUUUCUAUUCCCAAAUUGGUCGAAUCUACCUUGACAUGUUGAACAUGUACAGGGCCUCCAGCCAGCUCAUUAACGACGCCGUCGCGAAUGAUGGCCACAUUGCUCCCAAGACCCCCAAAGUCCGGGGUUUGCGAACCAUCAAGAAGGAAAUCCUGAAGCUGAUCGAUACCUAUGUUGAAAAGUCCGACGAUCUCGAGAUGGUCAACGCCAACAUGGUGCCACCCCUCCUCGAGGCGGUCCUCCUCGACUACAACCGCAACGUCCCGGACGCGCGUGAGGCGGAGGUCCUCAACGUCAUGACAACCAUCAUCCACAAGCUCCACAACCUGAUGGAGGAUAAGAUCCCUAGUAUCAUGGACUGUGUGUUCAGCUGCACUUUGGAGAUGAUCAACAAGGAUUUCCACGAGUACCCAGAGCACCGUGUGCAAUUCUUCAAACUCCUCCAGGCAGUCAACCUUUACUGUUUCCCUGCAUUGCUGAAGCUCGAUGCCACUCAGUUCAAGUUUGUCAUUGAUUCUUGCAUGUGGGCUUCGAAGCACGAUAACCGCGAGGUGGAGAACACCGGUCUCACCAUGUGUCUCGAAUUGAUGAACAACAUGGCCGAGACGGACCCGCAAACAUCGGCGAUCUUCUUCCGCCAAUUCUACAUCCCAAUUCUUCAGGAUGUAUUCUUCGUUCUGACCGAUAGCGAUCACAAGGCUGGCUUCAAAUCACAAGCCAUGCUGCUCUCUCGUAUGUUCUUGUUCGUCGAAUCCGGAAAGAUCCAAGAACCCAUUUACACCGCGGAGCAAGCGCCCGCAGGAACCUCGAACAAGGACUUCCUGCAGGAAUACGUCGCAAACCUCCUCCAGAGCGCAUUCAAGAACCUGCAAGACGCCCAAAUCAAGCAAUUCGUCAUCGGCCUAUUCACCUUCACCGACGACCUGAACAAGUUCAAGACCCACCUCCGCGACUUCCUAAUCUCCCUAAAGGAGUUCUCCGACGACAACGCCGAGCUCUACGCCGAAGAACGCGAGCAAGCCGUUCGCGACGCCCAAGCCGCCGAGCGCGACCGCGCCAUGAAAGUCGGAGGUCUCCUGAAGCCCUCGGAGAUGGAGCAAGAAGAUGAGCUCUGA